GUUUGCCAACAGAACGUUUCCUUGACUUGUAUUGAAGCGAAGGCCGCUUUGGAAAAAACAAUUCGUUUGUGCCAAAGUGCAGAUAACACUCGAAUAAUUUACGUCAUGCAAUUAAAACAUCAGAUAGAAAUACCUAAGAUGGUGUCAGUGAAAGUCGUAGUAAAAGAAAAAGUUAACGUUCUCAGUAUCAUCCAAUCUCCAGAAGUGAUAAAAUAUGUUGUAGAACCGAUAUUUCUCUUGAACGAAAGUUAUUAUUUCUUUGUUGGAAACACGUCGCUUUUUCCGAGUGAAAUAAUCUUCUGGAACGGACACAAUAACACUGUUCCCCAAUUCGAUGCAACUUUGGCUCGAAGGCACGCUUGCAUCAGGAAAAAAACUUAUUUCCGAGAAAAUUACACUUCGAUUGAAAACGGCAAAUACUAUUAUAUCAAUUCAACCGGCGAAACACAUCAAAGAAAGCGAGUGCACUUCGAAGAUGGCGCGUGGAAUAAAACCAUUUCGGUUUGUGAACAAAUGGCUUUCUUGACUUGCGCGGAAGUGAGUUUAGAUAUUUUAAAAUUUUAUGAUUCAAGCGAACACGAUUUCGAAAACAAAACCAUUUUUAUGUGUGUUGGAGUUUCCGAGAAGAAAAUAUAUUUACUAAAAAGUAAAUCAAACGUUAUUCAAAUAUAUUUAUCUUUGGUUUGUUUGUCUUUAUCGCUGGCGUGUCUAUUCCUCGUCAUUCAAACCUAUCUGAUAUUUCCCGAGCUCCGCAAUCUUCCUGGCAAAAACCUUCUCAGUUUAUCAAUUUCGUUAUUCCUGGCGCAGUUGUUGUGGCUAAUUCCAGACCAGCGGUAUUCGCCGAAGCUGUGUCACGUGGCAGCGAUCGUGAAGCAUUACCUGUUCCUGGUAUCAUUCGUUGCCAUGGCAAUAAUUGCGUGGAAGACACAUGCAGUGUUCACAAGCAAUGAAGUCCCAGUCCAAAGGAGUGAAAUGAAGAAACGCGAAAAAAGAAAAUUCUACAAGUACUUGGCGAUCGUUUGGGGUCUUCCCGCCAUUCUCGUGGUCACGUGCGCAGUCGUGGACGAAAGGGAAAUAUACGCGGUUUAUGUUAAUGACCUGAUGUGUUGGUUUGACAAUCCACAAGCACACAAAUAUCUCUUCAUUCUUCCACUUGGACUACUCCAGCUGUUCAACAUCGUCCUCUUUACAUUAACUGUGUUUCGUAUUCAACGCACUCACUCCAGCACAAAAUCAGUCCGUUCAGAUCAACGGAAAAAAACAAUGUUUUGGAUCUACCUCAAAUUGUCAUCUUUGAUGGGCUUCAGUUGGUUGUUUGGUUUCGUCCAUCUGCUCGUGGGUUCGUCAACUGUUGUCUUCGCGUAUUUGUUCGUGGUUUUCUCUUCUCUCCAAGGCGUCUACAUCGCCCUCGCUUUCGUGAUGAACAAAAGAAUUUGGAAAAUGUACGCGAAAUUAUUAGGACGAAAUCCUGACAAGUUCAAAACUGGUUAUAGCACAACUUGCUCUGAAAGCCUCUCCAAGGGCGAAGAAACAAGCGUGUAACUGGAAUAGGCCUUUCUUAUAAUGUCGUCAAACGUGGAAAACCUGAUGUUUGAUUGGCUCGUUAAUUUUGCCGGCCAAUCAAACUUCGUGUAACAUCAGACGCUAUUAUGAGGUCUAUUGUGAUGCACUAAAAGAAUUGUUAGUUUCUUUGAAUUCGUUAGAACAGCAGCUAUAUGAAAAGGUUAUAUGUAUUGGGACGAAUCCCCAACGAUUCAAUGGGAAAAGUUUAAAUUUGCGUGUAUAGUAAAAUUGUAGUCCUUUUAGCAUGAAGAUUAGUAUCAUACGGGGUUUAAAUUAGAUUAGAAUAGAUUAGAUUAGAGAUAAAGUUAAAGACAAGUUAAAAUACUUGGCGUAUUUAUUAUUCAAUGCGAGGAAUAAUGUGAGAUGAAUAACGCCUGUGAUUCAAAAAGC